CACUACCACUCUCGAUUCUCGUAAAUCUACCCUCUCCAUUUAAUUAAUUUUGAUAUAAUUCUCUUACGUAAUUAUUAUAUCGACAACCAUUCAUUUCUUAAUUAAAUAAUUAGCACAUUUUUUAAUCGUGCUCAAAACUGUCUCCACCACUAGACAAAACAAUUCUCCCAAACUUGUUAACUAUUUUGUCUCCGACUUUUCUCGCGGGCAGCACCUAACGUCUUUCGUCGCAGGUUCUUGUGAGAGUGUGACACGUUCUUGCUUCAGAGAAAGAUGGAUUCUGGGCAGUGGCACGUUGAGAAGAGGUCCACUUUGAGGAACGAAUCGUUUCUAAAAGAGUACGGUCCUGUCUCUGAAACUGGUAGCCUCUCCAUCGUAGUUCUUGGUGCCUCUGGUGAUCUCGCCAAGAAGAAGACUUUUCCUGCUCUUUUCAAUCUCUACCACCAGGGGUUUCUUAAUCCAGAUGAAGUUCACAUCUUUGGAUACGCAAGGAGUAAGAUCUCUGAUCAGGAGCUGAGAGACAAGAUCCGUGGAUAUCUUGUUGAUGAGAAGAAUGCUUCUGAGAAAGCAGAAGCUUUGUCCAAGUUUCUUCAGCUGAUUAAGUAUGUGAGUGGCCCUUAUGAUUCUGAGGACGGGUUCAAAAGGCUAGACAAGGCAAUCUCAGAGCACGAAAUCUCGAAAAAGACCUCUGAAGGAUCUUCCAGGAGAUUGUUUUAUCUUGCACUCCCUCCCUCUGUAUACCCUCCUGUAUGCAAGAUGAUCAAGGCAUGGUGCACUAACAAAUCUGAUCUUGGUGGAUGGACACGUAUUGUUGUUGAGAAGCCAUUUGGAAAGGACUUGGAAUCUGCAGAGCAGCUUAGUUCCCAGAUUGGAGCACUGUUUGAUGAACCUCAGAUUUACCGUAUUGAUCACUACCUGGGGAAGGAACUAGUCCAAAACAUGCUGGUCCUUAGGUUUGCCAACCGGUUCUUUCUGCCGCUAUGGAACCGUGACAACAUAGCUAACGUGCAGAUUGUGUUCAGGGAAGAUUUUGGAACUGAAGGCCGUGGUGGAUACUUUGAUGAAUACGGAAUCAUUCGUGAUAUUAUUCAAAACCACUUGCUCCAGAUUCUUUGCCUUGUUGCCAUGGAGAAACCAAUCUCUCUUAAACCUGAGCACAUCCGUGAUGAGAAAGUGAAGGUUCUUCAAUCAGUGAUGCCUAUAAAAGAUGAAGAGGUGGUUCUUGGACAAUACGAAGGUUAUAGAGAUGAUCCAACUGUUCCAAACGACUCGAACACUCCAACCUUUGCUACAACAAUUCUUCGCAUAGACAAUGAAAGAUGGGAAGGUGUUCCAUUUAUACUGAAAGCUGGAAAGGCAAUGAGUUCAAAGAAGGCAGAUAUUCGCAUUCAGUUUAAGGAUGUUCCUGGCGACAUAUUCAAAUGUCAAAAGCAAGGGAGGAACGAGUUUGUUAUACGCUUGCAACCUUCAGAGGCCAUGUACAUGAAGCUAACUGUGAAGCAACCGGGUCUGGAGAUGCAAACCGUGCAGAGUGAACUAGACCUAUCUUACAAGCAACGUUACCAAGAUGUCUCGAUUCCAGAGGCUUACGAGCGCCUCAUUCUUGACACAAUCAAAGGUGACCAGCAACACUUUGUUCGCAGAGACGAGCUGAAGGCAGCUUGGGAAAUCUUCACUCCACUGCUUCACAGGAUAGAGAAGGGAGAAGUGAAAUCGAUUCCAUACAAACCAGGAAGCCGAGGUCCAACGGAAGCAGACCAGCUGCUAGAGAAAGCUGGUUAUUUGCAGACUCAUGGCUACAUUUGGAUCCCUCCUACGCUGUAAUAAACAAGGAGAUGAUAAUGAUUGCACUGCACACGAAAUAAGAGCUCCUCUGUUUUUGUUUUCUUGUUUCUUUUCUGAAUAAAAAAAUCUCUUCAAUGAGCUUGUAAGUGAAUGACAUGUAUACUAGUGUUCUUCACUAGGAUAUUGCUUGUCUUGUGUUUUUUACCCAUAUUAGCUAAAAAGGCUUUGUAAGAACACACUAUCAAAUUAAGAGAACUUUUUUUUUCUUCUU